UAGCAAAUAUUCCCAACAGCAUAUUGCAAGGAUGUGGACUGUCCCUUCCUGUUUUAGAGCCACCGUAGCUCCGUUGAGCAGAAAGACGGCCAGUCCAAAGGCGAACAUGUCUGGAUCCACGCUGGGUUGGACCCCCACGCGGAAUGGUGUUCUCCGAGCUGGGUGUUUUAUUAGCGUGUAGUGCUCGCUGCUAACCAAGCAGGCCUGUUUAUUGCCAAUCCCUUCCAGUCUGUCAAUGCUUGUCCUCGUCUCAGUCUCAUGGCGGAGACGAAAAUCAUUUAUCACAUAGACGAGGAGGAGACUCCCUAUCUGGUCAAACUGGCCGUUUCUCCAGACAAAGUCACCUUAGCCGAUUUCAAAAAUGUCCUCAACAAUCGACCCGUCCACAGCUACAAAUUCUUCUUCAAAUCGAUGGACCAGGAUUUUGGGGUUGUCAAAGAAGAGAUUUCCGAUGACAACGCCAAGCUUCCUUGCUUUAAUGGCAGAGUGGUGUCCUGGUUGGUACUAGCCGAGAGUGCUCAUUCUGAUGGAGGAUCUCAGUGCACAGAGAGCCAUCCGGAGCUUCCACCCCCUCUUGAGAGAACAGGCGGGAUCGGUGACUCCCGGCCCCCUUCCUUCCAUGCCAACGCGGUGAGCAGUCGUGAUGGCCUAGACACCGAGACGGGCACAGAGUCCCUGCUCAGCCACCGCCGAGAGCGUGAAAGAGAGCGCGCUCGGAGGAGAGCUCGAGAAACUGAAUUCCCUCGCAUCAACGGUCACUCUAAAUCGGAACGCACCGCAAGGGACUCGGCCAUGGGUUAUGACAGCACCUCCGUGAUGAGCAGUGAGCUAGAGUCAAGCUCGUUUGUCGACAGCGAGGAAGACGAAGACGCAAGCAGGCUCAGUAGCUCCACAGAACACAGUACCUCCUCACAGCUGAUGCGCAGGCACAAGCUCCGCCGGCGGAGGCACAAAGUGGCCAAAAUAGACCGGUCUUCAUCCUUCAGCAGUAUCACAGACUCCACCAUGAGCCUCAACAUCAUCACUGUUACACUAAACAUGGAGAAGUACAACUUUCUGGGCAUCAGCAUUGUCGGCCAGAGUAACGACCGCGGUGAUGGCGGCAUCUACAUUGGCUCCAUCAUGAAGGGAGGAGCUGUGGCUGCGGAUGGCAGAAUCGAACCUGGAGACAUGCUCCUUCAGGUUAAUGAUGUAAACUUCGAAAACAUGAGCAACGAUGAUGCUGUGAGAAUCCUGAGAGAAAUUGUUUCCAAAACUGGUCCUAUUAGUCUGACCGUUGCCAAAUGUUGGGACCCUUCUCCAAGAAGUUACUUCACCAUCCCUCGUGCUGAGCCGGUAAGACCCAUUGACCCUGCCGCCUGGAUUUCACACACCACUGCCCUAACAGGACCUUACCCUCACUACGAGUUUGACGAUUUGCCUCUGUCAACAAGCAAAACAGACAUGGCGACCAUUGUCAAGAUAAUGCAGUUGCCAGACUCUGGCCUGGAGAUUCGCGACAGAAUGUGGUUGAAGAUCACCAUUGCCAAUGCUGUCAUUGGCGCUGACGUGGUGGACUGGCUCUACUCCCGAGUGGAGGGCUUCAAGGACCGACGGGAUGCCAGGAAGUAUGCGAGCAGUCUGCUGAAACAUGGCUACCUGAGGCACACUGUCAACAAGAUCACCUUCUCUGAGCAAUGCUACUAUACCUUUGGGGACCUGUGCCAAAACAUGGCGUCACUCAAUUUAAAUGAGGCAUCCAGUGGAGGCUCUGAGCAGGAUGCUUUGGCGCCGCUCCCUCCCACCACCAACCCCUGGCCAAUGGGUGGGCAGCCAUUCCCGUAUCCUCCUUUCCCCUCUGCGCCCCCCAGCUUCCCGCCUGGAUACUCAGACCCGUGCCACAGUUUCCACAGUGGCAGUGCAGGCAGCCAGCACAGUGAGGGGAGCCGUAGCAGUGGAUCCAACCCCAGUGCGAGCAAGGGUAGGCGCUCGUCCCCGCAGGAGAAAGCUCACAAGUCAACAUGUGGGGAGUCAGAGCCGUGUGUUCGUGGAGGGAGGCGAGGCGACAGGUGCGGCAGCCAAAUGAGCCAUCACAGCCGCUCUCGAUCCAGCCUGGGUCACAGCCAUUCACACAAGAACCACCACUCCUCCUUCACCUACAGCCACGCCCCCUUCUCCCAGCAGGGGCCAGGCUCCUGCGCCCAUAGUGAGCAAAGCCACGCCUCCUCCUACGGCCCUCCAGGUUUGCCGCCACCGUAUUGUCUGGCCCGUCUGGCCCCAAAGGCCUCAGUCAGCAGCAGCACACCACCGGGAGCUCCUCCCGGUAGGGAGUUAGCCGCCAUGCCCCCUGAGCUCACCGGCAGCCGGCAAUCCUUCCAGCACGCCAUGGGCAAUCCCUGCGAGUUUUUUGUUGACAUCAUGUGACAGGACAGUGCCUUUAAAACACUACAGCUACUGCUCCCUCUUCAUCAAUGGGAUGGAGCUCCUUUGGCUAUUUAGCAACUCCACUACUGUUCUGAAGUCCCACAGGAUUAUGGGCAGGAAGAGCGCUGUGUGGCUGAAUGGAUGUUACACUGUACAGUUUGUUAAUUGCUGUUCAAAGUGGUGAUUCUGUAGACCACACAGACGUCCCUCGGAGCCUUCACUCCGUCUUGGAUAUUUUCUCCCCUGCAAGACCUUUAAGCUGGCCGGGCCUGGAUCUCAAUCCCCAGACCGUCAUCGACAUGUCGCACUUACUGUUUUUUAGUUUUUGUAUUUCUGGGAGUCAACUGGCAGCAUGUCAUCCCCCAACUUGUGACUGUAGCAUUACCAUUGAGUUUGGAAGCUCUUACCUGCCAACAAGCUACCUCUGAUGGGCUAGCAAUCAGCGGGUAUCUUCUUCAUCUUCGUGAGGGUGGUGGGGCGGCCUAAUGCAUGACUUUCAACUGCUUUAAGAAAGUUAAACGAAAACAUUUUGUUAAAAGUAUUACCUUCAUUUGGGGCAAGGGGUUGCCUCUUGCCAAAAGGAACAGUCGUACACUGGACGAUGUUUGUGUUAUUCAUGUGAUUGCAUUGCAUUGAUGGUGCCAUAUGUCAUCCACUAUGGCUGACUGACAAUCAGACAUCUGUCAAUCAGUGGCCAGUGUUCACAGUUGUUGCUGUGCUUUGUAGAAUGUAUCGCCAUCCCUGUCAGAGACUUGAAAGUUGGUUCACUUUCAAGGUGUUUCAAUCUGAUUGCAAACAGUGGACGUCUCCUACAAGUGUUGCUUUAGUUAGUCUCCUUUGUCAUCAGGGCUGUGUGAUAUGAGCAGCUGUUAUUCUCAACCGUUACGUUGCUAGUAGGGCUGCAGCUAACAGCUGUUUUCUUAGUCAAUUAAUCUCAAACUUGUUUAGAUUAAUUGAGUAAUCAGUUAAUCGGUUAGACCUGAGAUGGACCAAAUCAAUAUGAACCCAACAGUUGGUGGUUUGGUCCGCAAUAUAUCAGAAAAAUGUUUUUCCAAGUCAAAGCUGAUGUGUGUGAAUAUCUUCUUUUGCCUAAAACACAAAGAUAAUAAGGUCAGGGGCCUGUUUCACAAAACUAGGAUAAGGGAUUAAGCCGGGAUAUCUUGGUUAUCCUGGCUCAAUUUAUCUGUGAUCCGUGGGAUGGUGGAAAGUGGGAUAUGUUCUGACAUAAGUUACCAUGGAGAUUUUAUUCUGUGGAGUUCUGCUCCAGACCAGGCUAAGGUCCAGGAUCUAUUUGAUAUCAUCGCUGAUCUCAGUCAGUAGUCACCAUAAAUUGAAACCAAUAGUUAAUCCACUGCCCAUCACACUUUCAACUACACCCUUCUCAUUAUUUCAACAUUUCUCGUCAUUCACGUCAGUCAUUGUAUAUAAAGGGUUUAGAUGAUGAUGCAAUCAUUAGAUCAUUUCCACAUACUAUAGAUAAAAUACACAUCCCAUACAAAUACAAAUACACAUCUACAAGAUAAAGGAGUUAUACAGUCUGAUGGAUUUAUCGUUACACAAUUUCACUCACAUCUGCAGUCAAUUUCGAUGGAUUUUAUAAUCACAGUGCGAGUACGUUUUCGGAGAUGUCAGUUGUGUUGGUUGCGGAUGUGUACUACAUUAAGCUACGAACGAGUAAUGGUGAUGCUAAUAAAGUUCAUAGGUGUGAGUGCACGCCGCUGUCCUGGAUUUGUUAAACGAGUAACCAACAUAAGAUUAACUGGCUGUUUGGAUUGUAACUAUGAUGGUUUCAGGGGAGCAUUGAGUGUGUAUUUGUGUACUACUCAGCACAAAGUAUUGUAGCUCUGACUGUUGUGGUGUUGCCUUUCCUUUUUAUUCGCUCUUUUGCCUCCUCGUAAGCCUUAUGAGGAUUUCCGCUUCCGUCUGGGAAAAGUACGCCGCUCUCGUCGCCAUGGUGAAUCAGUGACACGGUAAUGGAUAGUCUUUAAGGAAGCGCGUACGCGCACUGAUCCGGGAUUGGGCUUUGUGCAACCAAUUACGCCUAACGCUCUUGCUUUGGGUUGGUUGAGCUCAGCUUAGUCAUUUAUCCAGGAUUUAUGAAUCCUAGUUUUGUGCAGUAGGCCGCCUACUUUUCAUAGUUUCACUGUUACAGAUUUGGACAAACUGCAUAUCACACAGCCUUACUCUGUGACUUUUGCCCAAGCUCCUUUCGUGAUGUUGUGAUGAAGCUGACUGAAGUACAGUAGAUACCGACUCCUCCGACACUCUACAGGGUGACUUCAAAAGAACUUCGGGCCUCCAAAUUGACGACAAAAUAAGACGCGAACGAGUUUAACAAGCACUUUUCAAGUUGUGUCCCUCUGCUUAUAGUCUGAAACACUGUCUGCAAUCAAAACCUGUCUUUCUUUACAAAAGAAAAGUUAAUUGUACAUACAAAUUUAUCAUAUAUGAUUAAAAAUCUAUAUGUUGGAAGUUGUGGCUGCAUUUGUCCGCUGAUUAUCAAUGUGCUGUAAAACUUGGUAAUUCAUUUGCCGAUGAAACAUACAUAUACCAUAUAGUGGUCGUCAAGACCAUUGUUAGGAUACAAUGGCGAGGGGCCUCUGCCCGCCAACGAUGGUUCUUGGGGUGCUAUCACUAUUGUUAGCAUCCCAUUCAGAUGGAAUGAUGUUCGUGGACCCACCUGAAACAAGGUGUUCAAUCCACUGUAUCUUAACCAUCGUCAUUUGACACCACUAAAGAGCCAACCAUUCCUUUCUGGACCUGCCUCCUCCUUUAGAGGAUAAAUAGAUUGGAUCUUGCACCAAGCUCUCAGGCUAGAGCUGUCCUAUCUAGUCUGUCUGGUUUGUGUCCCACCUAGUCUUUGACCAUGAACUGAUGAAGCCUGCUCUGAUGAGAGGCGAAACGUCUUCGAAGACAACCUGAACAGUCGAGUUGCGGUCGAUUGAAUGGCCUGAGAACACCUGAGUCAAGACAACUAUACAGUGUAAAGAGCUGCAAUGUCAAAACAACACAAAAUGAGCUGACAAUUGUGUUGUGUUGCAUGACAGCUAACAGGCCUGUGUGGGGCCUCAGGGCGCCGCGUCUGUGUGUACUUUCCCAGUGGGAAGAUUUUAUCAAUGCACUUUUUCAAAGUUUUCACAAAACAUGCCCCUCUUUUCGCAUAAAUGAAAGGAGCAAAAUGCUUGCGAAUGCGCUAUUCUCCUCCCCCCGACAGGAAGGAAAUGAGGUCACAGCCCUCAAGUGACACCUUCACGUAAACUGAACAUGCAACCCCCAGAGGAGUGUAUAAUGUUGUCAUUGCUCACUGUACUUAAAUGUGUGGUUUAUGUACUGACGUUGCUGCCGUCAUAGGCAAAAUGCAAAUACAAACGCUCUGAUGCCCGCGUAGUUUGGUGACUAACUUUACAGCAGUUGAAGGUCGAGUGUGGGAGGUGUUUCUACAAGAUCAAGACAAGAUCAGGACAAGAUAAGGACGCUCUUAAAUGUGACAGGUGAAACCUGUUAAUAUACUGUACAUUCAUUCUCUAUUGUCCGUUUGGCCUUACGCAGGUCAUGGGUCAGCUGGAAUCUACUUCAGCUGACUUUGGGUGAAAGGCGGCUUUACUCUGGACUGGUCACUGGUCAAUCACAGGACACCUAGAUUGAUAGAUAGAUACUUUGUUGAUCUCCAAGAGAAAUUCACAUUUCCAGCAGCUCGGCAAAAAUGUCAUAAUGAACUUAAUCACUUAAAUCACAAAAUAAAAUAAAACAAGAACCAGAAUAAGAAUAGAUAACAAAAAAAUAAACCAAUAAAUAUGGGACAGAUCAAUAAUACAUAAUGAAUGAUAAUAAUACAACAUAACAGUAAUACAUCAUAACUGAAUGCUGUAAGUCCAGUCCUGUGUGUGUUUUUACCCCUCCCCCUCUGUUGUGUUGAAAAGCCCCAUGGCGUGGGGGAGGAAUGAUUUGCUCAGUCCUUUGGUGGAGCAGGGCAGUGAUAGUAAUCUGCCAUAUACUGCACGUAGAAGUAGAUAUGACAUCUAUUCAGUCUUAUACUCUCACCAUCACUGAGUGGGAAGUGAACCUACACUAGUCGCAAGUCAACCAUUAGACCAUAGGUGUCCAAACUUUUUCCACUGUGGGCUGCAUACUGAAAACUCAAAGGAUGCAGAGGCCACGUUUACGUUUUUUUAAACCAACCCAUGUACUGUAGAUAUGCUGAGAUAUAUUUAAAGAUAAAACAGCUUGCGUCUCAGCUUUGUGUUAUCGGGGACAGUGUCUUAUUGGUCUCGACUUGGACUUCACUUUUCUUCCUGUGCCUUUUAUCUUGUAACAUUAUAACACUAUUCUCAAAAUACUCUGACUUUAUUAUCUGAAUAUUAUAACAAAAUAAUUUUCCUAAAAUUGCAACUUAUUCUUUGUUUUGUUUGUGUGUCAUAAUAUUGCGACUUAA